CUCACCUCUACCACUUCUUCGACGGUAUUGGUAACCGGAGCUGUGCCCUGCUCCUCUCACAGCUUAGCUGAUCUUUCCAUUACGAGUACUUUAUUACUCUGUGCGCGGGGUGCUUUUGUUUAUUUGAAAAGCUCUUCUUCUUUUUUGGUCUCUUCCCUUUCCCUCUUGCUUCUCUCUUCCCCCCUCCCUCUGCAAACUUACAUGCUCCUCGCUUCCCUGAAGAUUGUGGUGGUAUUAUCAACAUGCUUCUCAAACCCUUUGCGCUGUUGGCAUGUGCCGGCUGUGCUAUUGCCCACGGUAACCAUGGCCACGACCAAAGCCCCAUCUCUGGACCACACAAGUCUCUGUGGUACAACACCUUGCCAGGUGAUGGAGGUACACAGGCUGAUUCAGUCUUCUCCGGGAUCUCAACUUUCGGUCGUCUGCCAUACUUCCCUUGCCUUGCCAGCGACGAGGAGAAAUACGACAUUGCUUUCCUAGGUGCACCAUUCGACACUGGCACUUCGUACCGACCUGGCGCUCGAUUUGGACCCAGCGGGAUCAGACAAGGUUCUCGACGCCUCAAUCUCUAGUACGUUGUUUAACAUCUCACAUGCUUACUUUUGUUUGUGGUCAUGAAGGCUCACGCAAGCUUGGAUUCAGUGGCGGGUAUAAUGUGCCCAUGAAAUCCAACCCAUUCAACUUCUGGGGCAAAGUUUUGGAUUGUGGUGACAUCCCAGUGACUUCCUACGACAACCACUACGCCCUCCAACAGAUCGAGGACGGGCACAACAUGCUCCUGACCCGCACGCCCUACACCGCCGCCGACGAGCCGGGCAUCAGCAAGUCGGGCAAGACGCUCCCGCGCAUCAUCACGCUGGGCGGCGACCACACCAUCACCCUCCCCCUCCUGCGCAGCAUCAACAAGGCCUACGGGCCCAUCUCGGUCAUCCACUUCGACUCCCACCUCGACACGUGGAAGCCCAAGGUCUUCGGCGGCGCCCCCAGCAAGCAGGCCGCCAUCAACCACGGCACCUACUUCUACUGGGCCUCGGAGGAGGGCCUGCUGGCCAACGACAGCAGCAUCCACGCCGGCAUCCGCACCACCCUCUCGGGGCCCUCCGACUACGAGAACGACGGCUACUGCGGCUUCACCCGCGUCGAGGCCCGAGAGAUCGACACCAUCGGCAUCCACGGCAUCAUCCACCGCAUCAAGGAGCGGGUGGGCACCAAGAACCCGGUCUACCUGUCCAUCGACAUCGACACGCUCGACCCGGCCUUCGCCCCCGCCACGGGGACCCCCGAGACGGGGGGUUGGACCACGCGCGAGCUCCGCACCAUCAUCCGGGGCCUCGAGGGGAUCAACUUCGUCGCCGCCGACAUCGUCGAGGUCGCCCCGGCCUACGACACCAACGCCGAACUCACCACCAUGGCCGCCGCCGACGUGCUCUACGAGGUCAUGACCCUGAUGGUCAAGAAGGGCCCAUUGACCGUCGAGGCCACCCAGGCCGAUUAUGUUCCUGAAAAGGUCGAGGCCGAGGCGGCCGAGUUGUGAAGAGGGGAAAUAGAAAGGCGCCCACGCUAUACAAAACACACAUACGCGUAUACAAGUCGCUUGCUGAGCCUUUGAGCUCGGCUCAGCUAUGCGUACAGCAGUGGGACAAAGAAUGAAAAGGAUACCGCUUGUGUAGGUACAAAGUAGAUAGGUGGUUAGGUAAUAUUACAG